AUGGUCCGACAAUUUGGCGCUAAUGCAUACCUUCGAGCGGGUAAUCACACUGUCGGAGCAGUACUCGUCGAAGAACCAGAGGUUAAUUUGCAUGCUCCUAACAACACUAAUAUUGACAAAGAAAGCGCUGCAAUUCUUGACUUUGACUACGAAUCUUUAGUCAGAGCCAAUGAUACCGCUAACAUGAAUUCAUUACGGGAAGGUACGGAUCUCUUAAAACAACUAGUGAAAGCUGCGUAG